ACAAUACCAAUUUUUUGUUUCUUUGCUUUUUGAUAGCAAGGCUCUGAUUUUGAGCCCCAUUCGAUUCUGCCAUUUUGAUCCUUGGCCAUGAAACGAGGCUACUCGGAAUCGUCCUCCACCUCCGUUGGGCCACCUCAAUCGAGGUUCAAAGCCAACCCAGAAGAUGAUUCAAAUUUCUUGGAGGAUGAAAGCACAAAGAUUUUUGCACGAAAAGUGGCCGAUCAUUAUAGUGCAAGGACAAAUCAAACUCUGGAAGAACGAGAAGCUAGCCCAAUCAUCCAUCUAAAAAAGCUUAACAAUUGGAUUAAGAGCGUCUUAAUUCAGCUCUAUGCUCGCCGUGGAGAUGCUGUUCUUGAUCUUGCAUGUGGCAAGGGAGGUGAUCUCAUCAAAUGGGACAAGGCCAAAAUUGGGUACUACGUUGGCAUUGAUAUUGCUGAAGGAUCGAUAGAAGAUUGUCGUACCCGUUACAAUGGUGAUGCCGAUCAUCAUCAACGCCGUAAAAAGUUUACAUUUCCUGCACGUCUUAUCUGUGGAGACUGCUAUGAGGUUCGACUGGAUAAAGCCCUAGCAGAUGAUGCACCCUUUGAUAUUUGCAGUUGCCAGUUUGCCUUGCAUUAUUCCUGGUCCACUGAAGCACGUGCACGGAGAGCCCUGGCGAAUGUUUCAGCUUUACUCCGCCCAGGCGGAACUUUCAUUGGAACAAUGCCAGACGCCAAUGUGAUCAUCAAAAAGCUGAGAGAAGCUGAAGGAUUGUUCUUUGGAAAUAGUGUGUACUGGAUACGAUUUGAUGAAGAAUUUUCUGAAAAGAAAUUCAAGUCUUCAAGCCCCUUUGGUAUCAAGUACAAGUUUCACCUGGAGGAUGCUGUUGAUUGCCCUGAAUGGAUUGUCCCCUUUCAUGUAUUCAAAUCAUUGGUAGAAGAGUAUGAUAUGGAGUUAAUUUUUGCGAAGAACUCUCAUGAAUUCGUGCACGAGUACAUGAAAAGGCCAGAGUAUGUGGAAUUAAUGCGGAGGCUUGGUGCAUUAGGUGAUGGUAACCAAGAUCAGAGUACACUAUCACAAGACGAAUGGGAAGUAGCCUAUUUGUACAUGUCAUUUGUCUUAAGGAAGCGGGGCCAACCUGAUCGCACUCAAGCAAAUAGUAGAAGAGAUAAAGGCAAGAUGCAUAUAUCAAAAGAGGACAUAUUGAACAUUGAACAUUAGUAUAUCGCACGCUGAACAUGUUUCAAAGUUCCAUUUUCAUAGCACAAAAGAAAGAAGCUUUUGCAGUACACAGAAACCCUACUUGUCCAAAUGGGUGAGGGAAGAGCUAACUGCCAGACUGUUCCGCUACUUGCUCUGAGAAAGUCUGUAGAUGUACAACAAUCUGGGAUUGUGAUCUACAACACUGAGCUCAUGUUUUCCCUCCGUAACAGUUCCAGUUCCAGUACAUUUGCUAAUUGGAAUGAUAUCUGCCUGGUUGUUGGUCGAUGAUUGAUUCAACACUGGAAAAAUUGGUUCAAAUUUAAGGGUAUUUGAUAACUAAAGUUUUUAACAGUUAGUAAUUGUUAGUGUUGAAAAAUGGUGCACACAUGGAAAUUUCUUCUUCUGGCAUCCAGGAAGGCAACAACCAAACUCUCUACUGGUGUACAAAAUGAAGUUGACAUUUCUACCAACAUAUCAACUACGCCCAAAUUUGACAUUCGCAUGUGCACCUUCAACUUUUCGAGGUGGCGAACGUGUACACCCAAUUCU